CUCCUCUCCUUUCCCUUUCUAGGGUUAGGUUUAGGCCGAGGUUGCUCUUCUCGUUUUCGGUUACCGAAUGCGAAAUUGACGCCUUGCGGUCCGAGAUGGCAUCGGAGGCGGCUUCCGCCGUCCCUCCUUCCCUCGUGCAGGAGAGCUUUGCGGAGCUGGAGAAGCAGCGGGAGCUCAUCACCUGCUGCACUCAGCUAUGGAAGGAGCUCUCCGACCACUUCUCCACCCUUGAGCGCGGGCUGGAGAUGAAGUCCAAGGUACUCCGGUGCAAGCGCCAGGAGCACGACGCCUCCACCCGCCGGACCCUCGGCGUCCUUCGCCGCCGCGAACUCACCAUCGAUGCCUCAGUGGAAGUCGCCCUCUCCAAGCUCGACGCUGUGCAGGCGGUCCAGGUCGUCUCUUCUGCAGCAGAGGGCGACGAUCUUGAUAUGACCUCAAAGCUGCGAUCUUUCUGCACUAAAGUGGAUUUCCUUGGGUUCUUCGAUCUUGUAGUUGCGAAAAAGAAGGAGGUGGAGUUGAUUCGAUCAGAACUCCCAGUGGCCCUCGCGGACUGUAUUGAUCCGGCCAAAUUCGUGAUUGACGCGAUAUCCGGGGUCUUCCCUGUCGACAAAAGGCCAGUGAAGUCGCCUAAUGAUCUUGGUUGGGCCUGUGUGCUAGUAUUGGAGUCGCUGGCGCCGAUCCUGGCGGAUCCUGAACUAAGGCUGGCGAGGCCACUAGUAACUCGAACCAUAAGGGAGCAAGCUCAGAACAUGGCAAAGGAGUGGAAACAUAGUCUGGAGCUGCGCGGAGGAAUUGAGAGCGUGAAGCCAUCAGAUGCGCACACGUUUCUACAACUUGUGGUGACUUUCGGGAUCAUAGAGAAGGAUGACAAGGAGUUGUAUCGGAGGCUUGUUGUAACUUUUGCUUGGCGAAGGCAAAUGCCCAAGCUGGCUAUUUCAUUAGGGCUCGAGGAUAAGAUCGAAGAUAUCAUUGAGGAAUUGAUUAGCAAUGGACAUCAGCUAGAUGCAAUAAACUUUGCACAUGAGGCUGGUUUGCAGGAGAAGUUUCCUCCAGUUCAAUUGCUAAAAUCCUUCCUUGAAGACUCAAAGAUAGCAACUUCAACUGCCCAGGAGAGCAACAACACUGGGCAAAUUGCAAAUGCCACAAGCCGCAAGGAACAAUCAGUUAUUCGGGCUGCUAUCAAGUGCAUUCAAGAACAUAAACUUGAAACUGAAUUCCCCUUGGCAAGCCUUCAGAAGCGAUUUGAGCAUUUGGAGAAGGCCAAGGUGGAGAAGAAAAAGGCAUCAUCUAGUGGAGGUCUUGCCAACGAUCGGCCCAAUAGCCCUGCAAACAAGCGAACACGCGCCAAUAGUGGCGGACCAAUGCCUCCUGCCAAGGCUGGCCGACUGAUGAACAACGCCUAUGUGUCCUCCUUCCCUGCUCCUCCUACCUUUGUACGAUCACCUCCAGUACACUCAGCAUGCCCUGCAACAUCUCCUUAUCCUUAUGACAGCCCUCCAGGACAUGCGAUCUAUGGUAGCAGGAGUCCACCAGCUAUCAGAGAUGCAUAUGGAUACCCAACUGAAGUCAGCCCUGCACCACAUGCAGCAUCGUAUCUCUCUCCACCAAUGAGCUACCCACCAUAUGGAAAUUACAACAGUGGCUUCGGGGGCUACCACAAUGUAUUGGCACCAGCCUAUCAGCCAGCUUACUACAGGUAGGAUGCGCAUAUCUAUCUCCAUGUGCUAAUAAUCUACAACCUUUUGCUUCAUGGCCUACUUUGCAGUAACUAAUUAAAAAGUAAAAACAUAGGAUGUGUGUACUAGAUGGUUUGCUUGUAUUUUCUUGUUUAGAUCAGCUCUAUUAUACUUUCUCCUGCUGCAGGGAAUAUUCAAUCAGAUGAAAUGUUUACCUUUAAGUGAUGUAUGUGACACUUGUUCAACUUCACUUGCUACCUUGUAAUUCAAUUUUCACAUGCUGUAACUAUUUUAUGUAUUCUUUUCA